AUGCUUCAUCUCCGUCGGCCAUCGCAAUUCAUUGGUCUCGAUCGAAUAGCAAGUCCAUCGCCUCCGACUCCUUUCCAUUUCAACAAUUUUCCCAUCAUCAUCACCUCCAUUGAUGACGCGCACGGGAAUCGAGUGUUCGACAACGAUUCCGGGAGAUAUCUGGGACACUCUGGCGGUAUCUCAUCUGGGCAGCAGAGGAUCCUUGUAUCGACCAUCAUAAAAUUCCGAGCCAUCGAUCGCGGAAUGGAAACCUGCGAGCUGAAUAUCGACCUUCCCUCUCAGCAACCCAAUUCGACCUCAUACUCCGGACACUCUGUAUCCGUGUCUCUAUAUCGUAUCGACGCUUCGUUCCCCAUCGACGCGAAGACACUCUCUUACGACACUCGGCCUGCACGGUUGUUCAAGCUCGAUGACAUCUAUGUCUCUCAUUGGCACCACAAGUGCUCAGUCGCGUCAGAGGAGGUACUGAGCUUUCAGCUAGCACGCGCGUCGUCCUUUAGCGACUAUGACUGUCAUACAGAGUGGUGGCGACCGAGAUGGGACUGGUGA